ACACACCUGACUUAUUGGCAGCGAGCCACUGCAAAUCUGUUCCUGCUUACAGUUACUUUUUAAACUUUUUUUAUGCAUCCUAUUUUUGCAUACUAUAACUAGCCAAAUCACUGGAUAGAUGGACUGCAUCAUUCCUAUUGUAGAAAUAUUAGUAAUAUGCUGAAAGAUUGAACCAGCAGGGCUCUGCAAAUAUUCAGCCUUCUCCAAUAUCCAUAUUAUUGUGAAACUCUAGCUAGUAUGACACAAAAUUUUCCGCUAUAAAUUUUUUCCUGUCCUAGCUAGCAAUCUGUUUGCCUCGUAACAGGAACAACUGCAGAUAAGAUUGCAACCUGUUAUUCUGGCUGUAGAAAACAUGUUACAACAAAGCACAAAAUGUUACUAUAUACUGAUUAAAGCAGCCGGUGACAAGAAUGUUUCAGUGUUUCUCUGCAGUAUAAGUUACAUACAAGGAAAGACUCUUGGAACGGAUUGGAGUGCUGAAAUGUUUGCUAAAUUUAUGGAAACGAGAAAAAAGGAGUUUGUUUUAUCCUUGAGCCACAUGAAAAGGGACCUCACAAUAGCUUUAAGCAGACAACCACAAAAUAUUGAGUUAACAACGUCACAUGGAAUUGACUCUGUAAUUUUGCCUUGCUCAACAUUAACACCAUCAAAAAAGCCUACACAACAACCACAACCAUCACACCACCAAGACCCAUCUCAAACACAACCAUCUCACAACUAAGAGCCAUCUCCAACACAACUCCUAUCAACACAAUCAUCGCAGCCACAACAACAACAGUCACCUUCGGCAAAACUGCCAGAACAACCAUUACUUCAGCCACCACCAUCACCAGGUCAACAAGAAGAAGAACAACAACAGUAUCAUGAGCUACCUUCACCUACGUACAAUCCUGAAAAUCCUGUGGACUUGCAUUAUGCCUAUGACGACACUAGUACUGACUUUGACAUUCAAAUUUCCACGCAACCUCAAAAAACAUUACCCAAACAACUCAAAUUUUCUACACGUCCUUCUCAACUCGACACUCCUACACAUCUUGCAGCACAAUUUAACAACAACGCUCCCACAUAUCCUUUACGAUUCAACAAUGCCUUCCCUUAUCAGAUGUUUCCGCCUCAAUACCGAACUUUUUUAAUAAUCCUUUUGCCGCAAAUCAACAUCAACCAUCUGCAAUCAAUCAACGAUGCUCACAAAAACAAUCUCUGUACCUGAUGACGUCAUUGGAUACGAAUACAACCAGUGUGGUGGAAAAAUAGGCAAUUUCGCCACAAGAAUUAUGAAGAAAGCCAUACCUGCCGAAGAAAGGAAGGGGCGAAAUGUAUAUGGCAUGCAAAAAAUUGUCAACAGCAAAUUGCUACACAAAGAUCCGUUGGAUCGCGAAAAAGUGAACUUCCUAAACAUGUUCUAUUUAACUAUUUCGACGUUUCCAUACAAGAACAAAAACAAGCAUGGAGUACUGCCAUAAUUUCGAUGAACGAAUAUCUACGUAUAGCAAAACUUAACAAAAGCGAACUAAUAUAAAUUCACAAUAUAUUUUAUUUUAUCAUUUUGUAAAACUAACUUUUUAUUAUUUAACAUAAACUCAUGAUACAUUUUAUCUUAUUAUUUUGUAAAACUAACUUUUUUAUUUAAAAUAUAUAUAAUUUGUUGCUACAA